CCCUUCCUUCCUCUCCAGGGGAGGAUAAAAGUCUGGCAGAGAAAAGUAAAAGCAGCAGCUGACUUAGCAACGGUUCUGGAAAGAUGCAGCCACUCCUGUUUCUGUUGAUCUUUGUUCUAUUCCAAGAAGAUGAGGCAGGAAAGAUCAUUGGAGGCCGAGAAGCCAGGCCAAAUUCCCACCCCUACAUGGCAUUUCUUCUGAUCCAGAGUCCAGAAGGGCUGAGUGCUUGUGGAGGGUUUCUGGUGCGAGAAGACUUUGUCCUCACAGCAGGUCACUGCUUUGGAAGCUCCAUAAAUGUUACCCUAGGGGCCCACAACAUUCGAAGGCAAGAAGGGACCCAGCAACACAUCACUGUUCUCAGAGCCAUCCGCCAUCCUGAUUACAAUCCCCCGCCAGUCAUCCAGAAUGACAUCAUGCUACUGCAGCUGAGGAGUAGAGCCCGGAGGAGUCGAGCGGUGAAGCCCGUGGCUCUGCCUCAAGCCACCAAGAGAGUACAACCAGGGGCUUUGUGCACAGUGGCUGGCUGGGGCCUGGUGAGCCAGCGCAGGGGGACAAAUGUACUCCAGGAGGUGAAGCUAAGAGUGCAGACGGACCAAACGUGCGCCAAUCGUUUCCAAUUCUACAACAGCCAGACUCAGAUCUGUGUGGGAAACCCGAGAGAAAGGAAGUCUGCCUUCAAGGGUGAUUCUGGUGGUCCUCUGGUAUGUAAUAAUGUGGCCCAGGGCAUCGUCUCCUAUGGAAGCAGCAGUGGUAACCCUCCAGCUGUGUUCACCAGAAUCCAGAGCUUCAUGCCCUGGAUCAAAAGAACAAUGAGACGUCUUUCCUCAAGUGGUGACAGCCAGGGUAUUCCUCUGAUGCCACUCUGUCUUAUGUCUCAGCAAAGAGGAUUCUAAGCUGGAUUCUAAGCAAGGUCCUGGGCAUCCAUCCAAGUUCAAAAGCAAUGAAACCCUAACAAGACAAAAACUAUCACUUUUAAAAGAGGAUAAUUAAGGAUACAGGGUUAUACACAGAUGUGAGUCCCAGACAAUGGAGUGAUCAUCGUAGGCCUCAAGAACUCUACAGAACCAGGACUGCCUUGUCCACACUCCUCUACUAGAAAAAUUUCCUUCUCACACUCAUUUUUCUUCCAAAUCUGUUUGUGUGGUCACCCAGGCCCCUCUGACAUGGUCUGGGGAGGAUAUUGCACGUGAGACCAUGUGGUCUCACAUCCUGCCCCUGAACUGAUUAUCACCCGCACAUCUCCAGCAAGCGGUAGAAUUUGAACGGCCUGUUAUCUUCAGGAAUCUAUUGCUGCAACUCUCCACAUUUGAACUACUCAGUUCUGGAACCUAAGGAGGAAGAGAAAAAGAAGAAUGUGGGGACUUAUAUUGGCGCUGCAGUCACUCAUAUUGUGGGUGGGAGUGAGGCCCAGGAGAUACAGCAGAGGUGACCUCAAAAGUUCAAGGAAAGACCUCUGUCAAAAAUAAAAGUUCAAUAAAUGUCUUACUGGCUAAGCAAUGCAUCCAAAUGGAGAA